AUGCAGCCGUUAAACUGUAUAAGCUUCUUGCUUGGGCUGGCCAUCCUCUCGGCCACCCUUGGCCCCUUCGUCGCCAUUGCACAUAGAGAAUUACUGUCAGUAACUGGCGGCAAGGGAGGAGCAGAAAUCAAGCUGGAACUCAGUGUUGACAAGAUCAGGACAGAUGAGGAAGUCAGAAGCAAUGUAUUGACAGGUCGAAGGUUGGCUUUUGGAGAUGCAGUCAUGGAGCAGAAGGAAACAAAGAAUUCUGGAAGCAGAACAAGCUCAGGAGAAAAUAAGAAUUACUCAACUAAUUCACGUGUGCCGUCAAACAUAAAGGAUAGUAGUAGGCCCCGGAUGCAGGCAGGACCAUCCAGGAACAGAGUUAAACUAGAAGGAAGUACAUCAGUGAUAGCACUGAGCAUUCCAAAUCCUCAACGUCUAAGAACAUUGCCAUCGAAGCACUCCAGGAAUUCAAAUGCAGGCUCCAAAAAAGAACUGAGGGAUUCAGUAGUUCACAGAACCUUAUAUAAAAUUAAUGAGGAUUGGAAGGAGAAAAUGCUAGAGGCCAGUGAUGAAGUUCUAAAAUUUCUUAACAAGGAUUACCGUGCCUCUCCCCAUAAGAGGAAACCUGUUCACAACUGA